AGGCCAAAAACUCUUGGUGAGACGUUGUGUUUUUGCAGUGUGCGGCCUUUCGGCUGUAAAGAGCCUCUUUGUGGCCAGGCCCUUUGUGGUCGCCCUGUAAGCCGAUAGAGAAUCCUGAGAGUCCCCAGGUCCUUCCUCUCCUCCUAGUGAUGUCACCUCCAUCCCAGACUCCUCCCCUGCUCCAACCCACUGGUAUAAAACGGAUGCUUUACCAGUCCAGGUAGCAGAUCAUCACACACUCACUAACACUAACUGGGCGACCUCAGCAGCCAGUAUGUCUAUAGGACUGGAGCUGAUUGGCAUCUCCCUGUGCAUCCUGGGAUGGAUCAUCGCCAUCGUGGCGUGCGCCCUGCCCAUGUGGCGGGUGACGGCGUUCAUCGGCAGCAACAUCGUGACGGCGCAGAUCAUCUGGGAGGGCCUGUGGAUGAGCUGCGUGGUGCAGAGCACCGGCCAGAUGCAGUGUAAGGUGUACGACUCCAUGUUGGCGCUGUCGCCGGACCUCCAGGCGGCCCGCGCCCUCACCGUCAUCUCCAUCCUGCUGGCCAUCCUGGCCGUGCUGGUGGCCAUCGCCGGGGCAAAGUGCACCAACUGCAUCGAGGACGAGGCCUCCAAGGCCAAGGUGAUCAUCUUAUCCGGGGUGCUAUUCAUCGUUUCUGGCGCCAUGCAGCUCAUCCCCGUUUCCUGGUCGGCCCACACCAUCAUCAGGGACUUCUACAACCCGCUGCUGACCGAUGCCCAGCGGCGGGAGCUGGGGGCGGCGCUGUACGUCGGCUGGGGCGCCGCCGCGCUCCUGGUUCUCGGAGGAGGACUUCUUUGCUGCUCCUGUCCACCUCGGGAGACGAGGUACAACAGCUCCAGGAUGGCGUACUCAGCCCGGUCCGCGGGCGGCCCGGUUUUAGAGAGAAAGGACUACGUAUGAGUGGAGGUCAAACACGACCGGAUCCCACAGGAACACCGAGUCCGGAGGGGAGGGAACUUGAAGAAAACAAGAGUUUCACUGCAAAAACAAAACUUUACCAAGAGUUUUGUCGAGUUUUUUUCUGCAAAUAUUCUGGUCCUCCUGAAAAAAGGACAAAACUACCAUGUAACUUUCAGGAGGUUGUUUUAAAUCAAUAAGGCUUAAAUAUUGAUUAAAAAAUGUACUAGCUCUACUUUACAGUAAGACAUUUGGGGGGAAAAAUCUGCCAGU